CAACGCGAACUUCCCUCAACCGAUGGCUAGUUCUGUAGACAACCCCCCUCGAACAUCUCUCGAAGGUCCCCAAAGCGGCCCGAUACCUUUGUUCGACUUUCAUCUGCGAAUUUUGGCAGACUCCUAUAUUAGCUUCUUCCAGGAGAGAAAGCGCAUCGAAGAAAUAUACAUCGAAUCUUUGAGUAGGCUACACCAGAAGUCGAAGGCGAUUGACACUUACCUAGAUGAUCACGUCGAGAUCAACUCGACAAGGAGAGCGUGGAGUGAAGUCAGAGACAAUGUUGAGAGAGAAACACAAGCACGGGAAGCUUUCUUAAAUACUCUCUUGGUGGAUGUCCUGAACCCGUUGAUCAAUAUGAGAGAAACCCAAGACCGCACUCGAAAAAGAGUCAAGGAGGAGUUGAAAGAGUCGACUGCAACGCACGCAGAGUUUGCAGAGAGCCAACUCCCCAAAUUGAAGCGAGCGUAUAUACGAAAAUGCCAAGAGGUUGAAGAACACAAGGCAGCUUCCUUGGUAUCACCCGCAGCUAUAUCGCCGACCGCCCACGACAGUCAGCCUCUAGCACCUUCCAGAUCUAACCCGAGUCUUCCAUCGAGGCCCACUGUCACUUCUCCUCAACCUCUGCGUCCCCUUGAUCGACGACCGUCCGGGAGUAUGCCACGCAAUCGUUCGCCAUCGUCCGCCUCGGCCGCUUUGCAGGAUCUCGCGCAUCAGGGAAAGAAGCAAUUGAAUCAACUUAUCACCUUUCUAGAUAAAGGUCAGAAGGAGAGUCUAGGAGGCCGCGGGCAGGACAGUGCCCUACGAUCGGUUCGUGCCAAGCGUGAGGCCGAUGAAGCGGACAAGGAGUAUCGCAAAGCCGUCCAUUGGGCAGAGACGCUGCGAUUGAGGAGAGUAAAGACAUUGGAGGCAGGAUACAGCAGCUUGGAACGCUUUGUUCUUGAAUCCACAGAGACCGUCAAGAGGGCUCUGAUAACUUACACUGACAACAUGCUGGCUACAUCUGCGACCCAAUCACAGCUAGCAUCCCAUGCUCGGCAGAUGGUUGAUCGAAUUUCCCCUGGGCGAGAUACAUCUCGGGUAUCCGCUCAUAUUCCUCGUUCUUUGGCGAUGGCUAUUCCCAAACCCAUUUUAUAUUAUAAUUAUCGUGUUGGGGAAUGUCGAGACCUGAUCUUUGGUGUAAGUAUGGUCGAUUAUGCGACAUCUCGAGGUCUAGUUGGAGAUAGUAUACCCAAGAUUGUAAAAAUUUGUAUCGAGGAGAUAGAUCAACGAGGGCUUGAAUGUGAAGGAAUCUAUAGGGUAUCCGGUCGAUUCGCAGUUGUUCAAGAGCUUCAGCAUAAGAUCGAGCGGGACGAGCAAGUAUUCCAAUUGAACCCCGUGACGGAUGACGUCUAUUCUGUCUCUUCACUUUUGAAGCUUUACUUGCGCGAACUUCCUGAGCCUUUGUUCAGGUUUCCUUUACAGGACAGGAUACAGCAUACCGCUGGCAUUGCGGAACACACGUCGAACGGUUUCGUUCUCUUACGUGCCAAGAUGCGACGAUUGCCUCCAAUCCAUCGUGCUACGCUCAAGGCUUUGGUCGAACAUCUCUCCCGUGUGGCUGCAAAGUGUGACAAAAACAAGAUGGACGCGAAAAAUCUAGCCAUCGUGUUUGGUGGUGUAAUAUUUGGCGAAGAUGAGAUACCUCAGGGCACCGACUUGUUGAGCGUCCAGACGUGGAAGGAUUCUUUGAUGGAGGAUCUUAUAGAGAAUGCUCAAUUAUUAUAUGACGAUGGAGUACCUCCAUCUUCGCCGCCGUUGCCCCCGGCUCCAGCAGGCGAGCCAGUGUCCUUGUUUCCAUAUGGUUCAUCCCACACGAAAGUAUCGAACGUCCCACUGCCUAACGCAGCUCCUCGGCGUCCGAACGAAAGUGACUUCACUCCGCAACUCCCACCGCGGCCUACGAGCAGCAUUCAUCCCUCCGCGCGCAACAGCGUUAUGUCACCCCCGAAGCUGCCAAUCGAACUUCCACCCAGUCUGCGAGCGUCUCAACGGCAAGAGGGAUCAGACACCCCCAUGGUCUCACGUGGCUCGACGCCGCCUUUCUCCGUCAGCCAGAGAUCGGAUGACUCUAGUAUUCGCUCUGACCCCUCAGCAUCGGAGAGGACAGGAGGGUCGACCGCUGCUACACCCAUCACUCGUUCCUUCGCCUCCACACCUUCCUCUCUUCCUUCACCAACGUCCACGGCAAACCAUGACGAUUUUCCUCCCACUUCUGAUCCCACUGACGCCAUCAAAAGUCCAGCCAGCAGCUCGCAUGGCCAUCCGUGAACCCUACCCUUUUUCCAGUUUUGUAUCGCUUGACUGUGGUCGAUAAUACGUUAUGUUAUACCCAGUCCCCCGUAAUCGGUCUGUUCGCUGAAGCAGGUUUCGAAAUGUAAUAGUGUCAGAUUGACGCCUGAGUUUUGCGAUGUACUCGAUGUGAACUCGGUUGAAUGAUCAAAAACGAUACUCUGU